ACGCAUAUCAAAACUAACGCAGACUUCUCCUUUGUUCCAUCAUUUGCAGGCAAAACAACCAGAUAACAAUGGCACUGAGAAUGUGGGCUUCUUCCACUGCCAAUGCACUCAAGAUUUCUUGUGCCUCCAAAUCUCUCCUCUCCCUCUCCAGAUGCUUUGCCACUGUUUUGGAUGGGUUGAAAUAUGCGGAAUCACAUGAAUGGGUGAAGCAUGAAGGUUCGGUGGCUACCAUUGGCAUCACUGACCAUGCUCAGGACCAUCUGGGAGAAGUGGUGUUUGUAGAGCUGCCAGAAUCUGGUGGUUCAGUUAGCAAGGGAAAAGGCUUCGGGGCCGUUGAAAGUGUUAAAGCAACCAGUGAUGUCAAUUCACCGAUUUCCGGCGAAAUCGUCGAGGUUAACUCCAAGCUCAGUGAAGCUCCUGGCCUGAUCAAUUCAAGCCCAUAUGAAGAAGGAUGGAUGAUAAAGGUGAAACCCAGAAGUCCAUCAGAAUUGGAAUCCUUGAUGGGUUCCAAGGAAUACACCAAGUUCUGCGAAGAAGAAGAUGCUUCCCACUGAAACUUUUUAUCAUGAUUUCAAUUCCGUUCUAUGUUAUUUGAUCCUUAUUACAGUUCAACUUCUGCAAA